AUGGGUGUCACAGAAGAUUCAAAGGACCUUUCUAGGGUUCAAAGCCGGGAGAAAGAGGGAGAGACUGCUAUUGUUUCUGAGAAGUAUGCUGAUGUUACGCUUCGCCUCGUUGAGGAGCACGGUGAUCAGUUUGGACCUCUGACUCCCGAGAAGGAGAAGAAGCUGCGAAGAAAACUCUACUGGCACGUGAUGGGACUCUUGUCAGCGAUCAAUUUGCUUCUAUUCAUUGACAAAUCAACUCUCGGAUAUGCUGCUAUUCUCGGCCUUUUCGAGGAAACGGGUAUCAACAAAGCACAAUACAACAAUCUGGGAACAUUCUUCUAUGUCGGAUACCUUGCUGCACAAUGGCCUGGCCACUAUCUCAUGCAGCGGCUCCCCUUUGGUAAAUUCGUUGCUGGAUUAGUCUUCAUGUGGGGAGCUACUAUCCUUCUUCACUGCGUUGCAACCAAAUACGCAGGCCUUGUCGUUCUUCGAAUCGCUCUCGGUGCUACAGAAUCAGUAGUCGUGCCAGCAAUGGAGAUGACAAUCGGCAUGUUCUUCAACCGCCACGAACAAUCAUUCCUUCAGCCUUUCCUCUGGGUCACAGCAGCUUUGGCACCAGUCUGCGCUGCUUUCAUCUCCUACGGUCUUCUCUGGAGUCAUAGCGCAGUUCUCCCCUGGAAGCUUUUUAUGAUUGUUACUGGAGGCCUUUCUGUUGUGUUGUCUGUGUUUGUUUGGUUCUUCUACCCAAGCAACCCCGCUGAGGCCAGGUUCUUGACGCUGGAAGAAAAGGUUCACUCCAUCAAGAGGGUGCACGAGUCGAGUCAGAGUUCCAUCGAACAGAAGCAGUUCAAGAAGGCUCAAUUUCAGGAAACACUUCGGGAUCCAGUUUCGUGGCUGUUUUCUCUCCAGGCUUUUACCCUUAUGAUGUCCAACAACUUAACAUACGGUCAACAGAAUCUCAUCACCACAGCUCUCGGUGUCGAUGCUCUGGGUUCAACCCUUGUUGCGGCAGCUGGAGGUGGCUUUGGAGUCGCGGUUUGUCUUGCUGGAACCUUUGCACUAAAGUGGUGGCCUUCCAAUCUCGCUCUUCACGGCCUUGUCUGGUGUAUACCUGCUGUUGCCGGUGGUAUUGGAAUGGUCGCCAUCAACUGGAACGAGAAACUCGGAAUGCUUGCAUGCCUCCUCCUCGCAGGCCAUACCUAUGGAAACACUUACAUCAUAGCCCUAGGCUGGGCAACAUCGAGUGCUGCUGGCUACACCAAGAAGCUUACCCGCAACGUCAUGUUCAUGGUUGGCUAUAGUGUUGCAAACUUGAUUUCACCGCAAAUAUGGGUUCCCAAGGAUGCACCCAGGUAUUAUGGUGCUUGGAUCUCAAUGAUUCUUAUCAGCUGGGUGGGAACUCCGGCGAUUUUGUUCGUCAUUCAGUUCCUUCUUAAGAAGAGGAAUAAGGAGCGUAUGGAGUGGGCGGCUAGCUUGAGUGAAGAGGAGAGGCUCGCACAUGAGUUUGGCGAGGUUGAGCAGUUGGAUGAGAAUGGUCAGAUUGUUCGAAGAAAGGUCGAGAUUGCUCUGUUGGACCUCACGGACUUGGAGAACAAGUUCUACAUCUAUCCUAUCUAG